CGUGGCAUCUACGAUGACGCGCACUUGUUGCUUUACUGGACAAGGUGAAACUUUUCCAGCGCAACAGUAACGGACUUUUUAACGUUGUAACUUCGUGUGACAGCGCGACUUGCGCGUCCUGUUCAGCGUGAGUCCCAACAGAAAUCUGUUGGAUUCAGUCCCGAAAUGUCUUUAUCCGAGCAAAGCCAGCAGUGGUAUCCCACCAGCGUUCAGGUAACGGUACUCCAGGCGAGGGGUUUGCGGAUCAAGGGGAAAAAUGGCACGAACGACGCGUACGCCAUCAUGCAGGUGGCCAAAGAAAAGUUCUCAACGUCGGUGUCCGAGAAAACCGUCGCGCCUGUGUGGAAAGAGGAGGCCGCCUUUGACCUGCCGCUUUUUCACCCCGGUAACGUGGACCGAUGCACCUUACAGGUGAGCGUCAUGCACCGGGCGCUGAUAGGAGCUGAUAAAGUGCUCGGGCUGGCGAUCGUCAACUUGUUGGACCUCUACGACAACAAAUCACGUAAUAAAACUGAAUGGUUCAAACUGAUGGGCAAGACGGGAAAACCCGACAAAGACAGGGGUGAGGUGCUUCUAGACAUCCAGUUUAUGAAGAACAACAUGACGGCCAGCAUGUUCGACCUCUCUGGGAUUGACAAGUCACGGUCACGACUUGGCAAGAUAAAGGACAAGCUGAAAGGAAAAAAGAAGGACGGUAUGUCGGAUUCUGCCUCCGCCAUCGUGCCUUCGGUCGGCCAGAUAGUGACCGACAGCGAGGGAGAGGAGGAGGCUGACGCCACACCUGGAAUCAAAAAGAAGAGCAAACUGAAGUCCCUCUUCGCACCGAAGGUUUUGCAACGUAACAUGUCUCAAUCCAUGUCCACACUUCCCACACUUCCUGAAAAAGAUUCAGCCAUCAGUUUGAGCAGGUCGUCUGGCUUAAACGUUGAAUCUUCUGAAGGCAAGAAGAAAUUCAAAUUAUUUAAGCACAAACGCAAUGGAAGUUCAGACAGUAAAGUUUCCCAAGGCGCCGGCUCCUUAGGACAAGGCUUGACGCAGAGCAAUCUGUGCGUCAACGGCAGUCACGUCUACGCAGAAGAGACCAGAGAGUCCCGGGCCGGUUCCACCUUCAGUCUCAACAGCUCCGGGCACGGAUCCAUGGAGGAUCUACGGCGAGGUCACGACAGGAAGAUCUCCACCACCUCCGUGGAAACCGAACCGGAACCUGAGGAGAAUGCCGUGGAAGAGAUGCAAAGAAGACAAGAGGAACAGAUGAAAAGGGAACGGGAGGCAAAGAAACGGCUGGAGGAGGAAAAGAGGAGACAGAUUGAAGAGGAAGAGAGAGAGCAGUUCAGGAGAGAAGAAAUGAGGAAGGAGGAGGAGAGGAAGAGGAUAGAAAGGGAAGAAGAGAGGAAAUGGAUUGAGAGAGAGGAGGAGAGGAAACGGAUUGAGAGAGAGGAGGAGAAGAGGAGGCUAGAGAAAAUGGAGGAGGAGAGGAAACGGAUUGAGAGGGAGGAGGAGAGGAAACGGAUUGAGAGGGAGGAGGAGAAGAGGAGGCUAGAGAAACUGGAAGAGGAGAAGGAAAAGAUUAGGAGAGAGGAGGAGAGGAAACGGAUUGAGAGAGAGGAGGAGGAGGAGGAGGAGAAGAGGAGGCUAGAGAAACUGGAGGAGGAGAAGAGAAGGUUUGGGAGAGAGGAGGAGAGGAAACGGAUUGAGAGGGAGGAGGAAAAGAGGAGGCUAGAGAAACUGGAAGAGGAGAAGGAAAAGAUUAGGAGAGAGGAGGAGAGGAAACGGAUUGAGAGAGAGGAGGAGGAGGAGGAGGAGAAGAGGAGGCUAGAGAAACUGGAGGAGGAGAAGAGAAGGUUUGGGAGAGAGGAGGAGAGGAAACGGAUUGAGAGAGAGGAGGAGAAGAGGAGGCUAGAGAAACUGGAGGAGGAGAAGAGAAGGUUUGGGAGAGAGGAGGAGAGGAAACGGAUUGAGAGAGAGGAGGAGAAGAGGAGGCUAGAGAAACUGGAGGAGGAGAGGAAACUGAUUGAGAGGGAGGAACAGAGAAGAAUUGAAGAAGAGGAGGAAAUGGCCAAAAUAAAGAGAGAACAGGAAAAAGUUAGGCGGGAGGAGGAAGAAAAGAGGAUCAAGGAGGAGAGGAGGCGAAAAAUGGAGGAAGAGGGGAGAACAAAGCUUGAGAAGCAAAGCAUGAAGAAAGAUGAAGAGACCAAAAGGAUUGAGGCGGAAAGACGACAUGCUGAAGAAGAGGAAAGGCUGCAGAAGGAAAAAAUGGAAGCAGAGGAAAAUAGGAAAAGGAAAGAGGAAAAAGAUAGAAGAAUGACAGAAGAAAAAGAACUGAAAGAGCGAGAAAAGGUACGGCUGGAAAAAGAGAAGAUGGAGCUUGAGAAAACGGAAAAGGCAUUAAAGGAAAGGAUGAGAAGAGAAGAAGAGAGAAAGUUUAAAGCAGAGCAAGAGAGAAUCAGACAAGAAAAAGAUGAAAUGGAAAAGCAGAAGAAAGAAAAAGAACAGAUUAACACCAUCGAGAGGCGGCCUGACGUGAAACCCAGGAGUGCUCGAAUGAAUGCGGGAAUGAAAACCGAGAAAGCUGAAACGGCUGCCUCACAAUUCACCAAUCCCUUGGAAGAGUCCUUCUUAUUGGAUGAAAUCUCCACCAGUCCGUUCGAGCAGUCAAAAGCAUCAGCCAAAGUAUCUGCGGUCAGGCCAAGUUCUUCUCUUUCUGGAACCUUCUUUUCACAAGCAACGGUGCCAAAUACCAACCCGUUCUUGGAUGAUUCUGACGCCUACAGUGGCAACACAGAAAACGUCUUCAAUCCUGGAGAUAGCACUGAAAAUUUUGAGAAGAAACGGCGUGCGCCGAUACCUCCCCAAACCAAGACACCGUUGGGAAAACCGGAUCUUCCAAGAUUUUCUGGAGCCAAACAAACUUUGGACAAAACACCUGAAGACGGUGAAGAACCUGAUGUCUCUAGUUUACGACAAGAAAAGAGACCAGCACCUUUACCACCAGAUGUCUCCAAGAACAUGGGUGAAGUACUGAACAAAGACCGGGCAACCUUGGAUCAACUAGAUGAGUCUUUAAACCAGUCAGGUGACAACCAUUAUGAUCUUCUUGUAUCUAAGGAGCCUGUUGCAAAAACUGUGCAUUCUGCCUUCGCUGAAAGCCUUUCUUCAAGAGAAAGUGGACAAGAAGAUUCCUGGAGUGCAAAUGAUUCCCGGCAUACAGAAAAUGUGUCGCUGGAAAGUGCUGGCAUGUCGGAAGUUUCCAAAAAGAAAAGUCGGGCUCCUUUACCUCCUGCUAAAUUAGCAUUGGCUGGUGAACAGAAAUCGGCAGGUUUGGGGUCAUUGAACAAGACUUUGCUGCAUGCAAAAGUGUCUCCUAUUGAUGCUCAGCCAGUUGCUGAGCUGAAAAAUGCAGGUGAACCAAAGAGAACAGGUGACUCGGGAUUCAAACCUAGCAGGGCCCAUGCAGUUAAACCCUUGAGCACCAUUGACAACCAGCCAGAUUUCAAAGACAAUUUCGCAUCUGCUAAAAUUGCUGAGGGAGCGCAAGUCUCGAUGAAGGCCCCAGAUGCUAAAGGGACAGGACCCUACUCCCAGCUCACCCAUGAGGAGCUCGUGAACUUGUUGGAAAGGCAAAAAGACCAGCUUUCUCAGAAAGACACCAAGAUCAUGGAACUGGAGCAGUAUAUAGACAAUCUUCUCGUCCGUGUCAUUGAGGAGAAUCCCAGCAUCUUAAUGUCAUUAACCUUAAUGAAGAAAUCUGUUUGAGGGACGCAUCAAGCAGAAGGUUUUUGGCUUGUGUAUAGUCUUACUGUAAUCACAAAUAUGGGGUGACAGUACAAAAGGUGGUUCUCCGUGCAAAGGCAUUACACUAAAGCCAGUGGCAAACACUACUGAGCUGAAGAUCAGGUUGAUGUAUUCCUGAUUUAUGAUGUCUCACAGUAUAUGUUGAUGAGUUGAUGUGACUUGCCUCUGGUUUAAAAAGACCAUUGUGACUGUUUUUGUACUACGCUGCACUAUAUAUACACUGUUUAUGAUAAAUAUAUUUUUUCAGGAAGUCUGUGUUUUGUGCUAAAAACCAUCACUUAAAAAUGCAAGGCACUUUUUCUAUGCAAGUAUUUUAUAUCAGAGAUAUAUUAUCAUUGUGACCAAACAUUGUAUUGAUACGCUAAUGUUCAUUAUGUUGAACUCCGAUGAAGCACUUUAAAAGGACUUUCGACUAAUUGCCCUUAAAAAUGAUUUUCAUCUGUAAAUAUUAUUUUAUCAUCAUCCUCAUAUCUAUGUCUAUUUCAUAUAACCUAACAGCUUUAUUAUUCUCUGUCUUUGAAAUAAAGAAUCUCACAGAUUGCA